AUGACGAGCUUUGUCCGUCAUUUUCAAGCUGCAUUCGACGAUGUCUUGACGCACGACCUGCAAGAAUUUGAUGUCUCCGAGGGUUUCGCCCACAUUGUGCGCAAGAACCAAUCUGAAGCAGCGAAGUGCGUCAUCUCCCUUGUCCGCCCUAUAGACUGGGAUAGUACAUCCGUAGAGCCACUGGACGUAUACGUCGAAACCAUCGGCAUCGAUAUCAUUAAGACUGGCGGUAUCAAGGAAGUUCGACGGGAUCCACCUUGA